CGUCGUUAAGGUGCAUGCCCGUAGUGUAUCGCCAGCCUCAUAGCUCUGGACUUUAGUUUCAACUUUCUGUUCAGUAUUGCGAUCGAUAGAUAUACGGGCCUUGUUUUCCUCUUUAGAAAGAUGGCUGCGAACGUUGGUGAUAAUCCAAUAUGUGUGUACGAUAUUUUACUCGGUCGUUCGCACUACAUUAGGACGCUGAGGCUGUGGUUGAACUAUUCCCUUUGUGACUGAACUAUUGACUGAACUAUUGACAGAGCUAUGGACUGCGUGGCGAACAGAAGCACAUUUCCGCUCACCAAUCGCAUAAAACUGAGAAGGGAAAUCUCGAAUCAAGUUAAAAGCAGAAAAAACGCUAUAAAAAGUGAUAAAGAAGCUCUCUUUGGACCAGCGAAGUCGACUCCUAACAGACAUUUCCACAACUAUUUGAAACGCAACCUAGUUCAACAACUACAAUGCAGAAACUCUUUCAUCUCCUCGCUGGAGCCAUCUUGGCCACUGCCACUCCCGUUCAAGCCUUUCCGUCCUUGGGCGGACUCAGCCCCCGAGACGUCUUUGUUCCUUCGACAACAUGCAAUGGUUUUGUCGUUGGAAAUGACUUGAAGCCUUACGGCCAGGUCUGUGUCGGCAUAUCUGACGGCAUGGUGACCGUGACCUACCCGACCUUGACAACCGGCACAUACUCCGACAUCCAUGUCUACAUCGGCACAACCAUGCCCACCGAAACAAUCCCUGGCCAGCUCCCAUACACUCUCGGCAAUAAAGCCUGCUCACUCUCCGCAGACAAAACUUCCGCUACCUGCAGAAUCCCUAUUCAAGACUCAUGGCGUGCGUGUGAUCUUAAGCUCUACAUCGCUACACAUGCCUCUCUCACCGCAGGGACAGGCUGGGGAUCAGGUCCCUGCUACGGCAAAUCAAACGGCAACUGUGCAAAAUAUUGGACUUUUAACACCAAGUGCCAGUGCCCAGUGGUCAUCAACUAUGAACCCAUCACCUCUACGACCACCUGCCUCACUACGAUCACAAACAUCAUCACAUCUAUCGUCACUCCCCCGCCUACGUCUACAAUUACCGGAUGCGACGACCCGAACCCUGGUUCGCCCCCGUCCACGAUUACUUCUACCACAACUACAUCGGUGGACUUCACCUGUCCCGUGUAUUAUCCUGCCGCUGAGUAAUUAAGGACGAAAUUAUGCUGUUGAGCUGGACUUGGUGCCGUGAGUAGAGGAACUUGUAGGGUAUACAGACUGCAUUAUGAGAGGCUUUCGCGUUAAAAUUCGUGUCGACAUUUUGACAUGGCCACCUCUGAUAAGAGGCUAUGCCCUGUUAGAUAGCAGUUAACGAUUUCCAUAACUUGAGCUUUACCCCUUGGUUUACCUGUGCCAAAGCGUUUCUAUCUAAACCCUAUAUCCAAUCACCCCGAUGAAGAGCUCUUGCGAUUUAGG